AUGUAUGAAAUGCGAGCAAGAGCUGGACAAUGGGUAAUCCAGGAAGGAGAGCCAGGAGAUCGAUUGUUUGUUGUAGCAGAGGGAGAAUUGCAAGUAUCUCGAGAAGGGCAACUGUUAGGAACGUUACGACCUGGAAUCGUAAUGGGAGAGCUUGCCAUUCUCUACAACUGUACUAGAACCAAUUUGGUCUCUGCAGAUGCCCAAUUCUACGCCUACGCGCGUAACGCAUUGCUGAGAGGCGGGUACAUUAGAACUGCGUCCAUACAAGCCCUAACCGACGUACAAUUAUGGGUGCUAGAUCGCAGUGUCUUCCAAACCAUAACGCAGAGGCUUGGAAUGGAAAGACAUACCCAACUGAUGAACUUUCUCAGCAAGGUGUCGAUUUUCGAAAAUUUGUCCGAGGAUCGCAUUUCAAAAAUGGCGGACGUAAUGGAUCAGGAUUACUAUGCAGCCGGGCAUUAUAUUAUCCGCCAAGGAGAAAAGGGUGAUGCUUUCUUCGUCAUAAAUAGUGGUACUGUAAAAGUGACGCAAUUAAUAGAAGGCGAAACAGAACCACGUGAGAUCAGGAUAUUGAAUCAGGGAGAUUUCUUCGGUGAAAGAGCUCUUCUUGGAGAUGAAGUUCGCACGGCGAACAUCAUUGCUCAGGCGCCAGGUGUCGAAGUAUUAACAUUAGACAGGGAGUCAUUCCUCAAGCUAAUUGGUGAUCUGGAAGCAUUGAAACGAGACUACGGCGACAAGGAACGGUUAGCACAUGUCUCAAUAGAGCCACCGAGUCCUACAAAAGAUACCAUCCGAGAAGAGUUUGCACACGUCCAGUUGAAAAACAUAAAGCGGUUAGCAACCCUUGGCGUGGGUGGAUUUGGACGUGUAGAACUAGUUUGCAUUAAUGGUGAUAAAUCCCGAACGUUUGCUCUGAAAGCAUUAAAAAAGAAACAUAUCGUAGACACACGGCAACAGGAGCACAUUUUCGCGGAGCGAAAUAUCAUGAUGGAGACUAACUCCGAAUGGAUUGUCAAGUUAUUCAAAACAUACCGUGAUACAAAAUACGUGUACAUGCUUCUCGAAGUGUGCUUGGGUGGAGAGUUGUGGACAACGUUGAGAGACCGAGGUCAUUUUGAUGACUAUACUGCUCGAUUUUAUGUUGCCUGCGUGCUCGAGGGAUUAGAGUACCUCCACAGAAAACACAUUGUGUAUCGUGAUCUCAAGCCGGAAAAUUGCCUGCUCACCAACACGGGAUACCUCAAACUAGUCGAUUUCGGUUUUGCCAAGAAGUUAGCGUCAGGUAGAAAAACGUGGACGUUCUGUGGAACACCAGAAUACGUGUCACCAGAAAUUAUUCUGAACAAAGGCCAUGAUCAAGCCGCCGAUUACUGGGCUUUAGGAAUAUACAUAUGUGAGCUCAUGCUCGGACGGCCACCUUUCCAAGCCAGCGAUCCUAUGAAAACUUAUACUCUCAUCUUGAAAGGAGUCGACGCUCUCGAAAUUCCAAAUCGCCGGAUUGGAAAGACUGCAACUGCUUUGGUGAAGAAACUAUGUCGCGAUAAUCCCGGAGAACGGCUAGGUUCUGGAUCUGGAGGCGUGAACGACAUUCGCAAACACCGGUGGUUCAUGGGCUUCGACUGGGAAGGUCUGAGGUCCCGUGUACUGAAAGCACCUAUACUUCCAAAGGUGUCGAAUCCAGCUGACGUCACUAACUUUGACAAUUAUCCCCCUGAUCAGGACGUGCCACCGGAUGAGUUUUCCGGAUGGGACGAAGGUUUUUAA